UCAGGUCUAUAUAAACACCCGCACGAGGUGGUGACCAGAAAGCAUAAAACCAGAGCAGGAGAAGCAUACCUUUGACAGCUCUUCUACCUCCCCACCACAAUAAUAUUGGGAGGUUCUAGAGAAAAUCAAUGGCUGGCUUAGUUGUCAUUCUAGGUGUCUUUUGGAGCAUUUGCCUCUUCAGUAUAGCUUUAUUGAGAUGGAACGAGGUCAAGUACAGGAAGAAAGGAUUGCCUCCAGGCACAAUGGGGUGGCCAGUUGUUGGAGAGACCACUGAGUUCCUAAAACAAGGCCCAAGCUUCAUGAAAAACCAGAGAUCAAGGUUUGGAAGUUUUUUCAAAUCCCACAUACUGGGCUGUCCCACCAUAGUUUCAAUGGAUCCAGAUAUAAACAGAUAUAUUCUGGUAAAUGAGGCUAAAGGCCUUGUCCCUGGAUAUCCUCAAUCAAUGCUGGACAUCUUAGGGAAAUGCAACAUUGCAGCAGUUCAUGGUUCCACUCACAAGCAUAUGAGAGGGGCAUUGCUUGCUCUUAUCAGCCCUACCAUGAUUAAAGAUCGUUUAUUGCCAAAAAUCGACAAUUUCAUGAGAUGCCAUCUCAACAACUGGGAUUCCAAAAUUGUUGACAUUCAAGAGAAAACAAAGGAGAUGGCAUUUCUAUCAUCCCUGAGACAAAUAGCUAGCAAUGAAGCCGAAGGAAUAUCACAAGCAUUCAUGCCUGAAUUCUUUAAACUGGUAUUAGGAACUCUCUCUCUCCCUAUCAACCUUCCCAACACUAACUACCAUGGAGGAAUUCAGGCAAGGCAAAUUAUUACAACCCUGUUGAGGAAACUGCUAGACGAGAGAAAAGCUUCUGGUGUGGAAAAUCAACAGGACAUGCUUGGUUUUCUACUAAGUGAAGAAAACAAAUAUAAGCUAAAUGAUGAGGAGAUGAUCGACUUAAUCAUCACUAUAUUAUACUCUGGAUAUGAAACUGUCUCGACUACCUCUAUGAUGGCUGUGAAGUAUCUUCAUGAUCAUCCAAAAGUACUUGAAGAAUUGAGAAAAGAACAUAUGGAAAUAAGAAAACGAAAAAGGCCUGAGGAUCCGAUUGAUUACAAUGACUACAAGUCCAUGCGCUUUACACGUGCAGUCAUAUAUGAGACAUCAAGGCUAGCAACAAUAGUCAAUGGUGUUCUGAGGAAAACAACCAGAGAUAUGGAAAUAAAUGGAUACAUAAUUCCAAAGGGAUGGAGAAUUUAUGUGUACACAAGGGAGGUCAAUUACGAUCCAGACCUCUAUCCUGAUUCACUAACCUUCAAUCCAUGGAGAUGGCUGGAAAGAGGUCUAGAAAAUCAACACCAUUUUCUUAUUUUUGGAGGAGGCACCAGACAAUGCCCGGGGAAGGAACUUGGUUUGGCUGAGAUUUCUACAUUCCUUCACUAUUUUGUCAUGAGAUACAAAUGGGAGGAAGUAGGGGGAGAUAGAUUAAUAAAAUUUCCUAGAGUUGAGGCACCUAAUGGACUUCGGAUUAGAGUUUCUAUUAACCAAUGACACAGGUAAACAGUCCAAAGAAGGACCAGAAUAGAGAUAUAUUGACAAUGUAGAUCAAAGUAGAUUUUUGGGAUGUACAGGAUUAUGCAGAAAUUAGAUAAUCUAAACCUAUCUUACCCCAAUACAAAGAAUCUCGUAAGCAUAUGUACACUACUUUUACAAACUUAAUGUAGCACUCAAUUCUACGAAAUCAC